CCAAAGCGUAAAGGGAAAAUAUCGGGGAAAAUAACAGGGAAAUAACAGAGAAAAUAGCGCCACAUAGGAUUUAAUUUUCGAUGCACAAAUUUAUAAAGGUGUGCUUCGUUUAUCAAUGCCGGUAUAUAAUUGAUAUUUGACGGCUUGAUAAACGGUGGUAAAAUUUAAAGAAAGGACUCUUCAAACAAUCCGGCUUUGUGGCUACAACUAACAAGUCGAAGCUAGUUAUACUUCAACUGGUGCAUUUCUUGUUCACAAUGCUUCGAGUCUUCAUCUGUGGAGCUCACAGUGUUGGUAAAACAACCUUAGUGAACGAAGUUGGAAAGCGGUUAAACUUACAUGUGGAAACUGAAGUUGCUCGAAAAGUGAUCACGGAUUUGAAUCUUCGACGAGAAGAUUUUGACCCAAAGACUAAUCCAUCGAAGUUCGAAGAGCUUCAGGAAAGAAUUCUCGAAGCACAAUGUAAAGUCGAGGAACAGCAUUCGAGAAGUGGGACGCCGUACAUAGCAGAUCGAGGAAUUGAUCCAUUGGUUUAUUCUUUGAUGUACCUGGGAGAAAUUAGCAUGAAAAGACUGUUGAGUUUGCCGUCAAGCCAAGAGUGCAUAAGCAGGUGAGCUUUACAAUCAUGUAAAAUACCAAAAAUAAAAGUAAGAAUUCAGUUAAAUUCUUUAUUGAUAACAGUCAGUUAAGGCUUGAUAGGCUAUUUGACUAUGAAAGAUUCUCAAAGUAAGAAGUUUGUUUAUUGUCAUGGUAGUUUCUUGACGAUGGUGGUCCAACAUUUCCUGAUGUUACACGUUCUCCAACGAAACGGAAAGCUCAUCAUAUGAUAAACCGUUGACACACAUUAUUACAUAACUAAAAUAAAGUUCACAUGAUGAUCACUUCGCGUUCUGUCUGAUUGACAUGUUUAUAGUGAUGCUUUGACUCAGAGAAAAUCUAUCGAGACGGAAAAGAAAUAACUCUGAGAUUACACGCUCAAAUUAUUCAAUGCUUCAAGUGCAUUUGCAUAUACAAAACCGAUCAUUCUUUUUGACAAUAAAGUCUGCUUUUCUCUGAGAUGUACGAGACGGUGUUUCGCUACACUUGCUAGAGCUAAUUAAAGUCGGGCGAGCUAUAGUUUAAUAACAGACGAUGAAAUCUCCUGAUACCUGUAACAGAUUCACCUAGUCGAAACAAUAGAUAUUAUUGAUUACUAAAUAUAGAUAUAGAUAUUAUUAUAGAUAUAUAUAUAGAUAUUAUUAUUACUCUCGAGGUUCUACAUUUGCUUGAUUUGCUCCAAAGACGUUACUAUAAACUUGAACUUGAGCGAUCGUCAAUUUCUAGCAUAUGGUUCACGCAAAUCUCAAUUUUCCGAAUUUUUAAGGACAGUAUCUUUCUCCUUUUAAACCUAUCGCAGUAUAAUCAGUAUUUCCAUCUGAUGGUUCAUCAUUAACAAGACACUUCAGUCAUGGGGUAUUUAUGCGACACUCAAAGUUUCUCUGAAGAAGUCUUAUGAGACUACAAAAACAAUUAAUAUAACAAUAAAAGUUGCUUAAGAGCAUUAGACACCACACAGAUAGAUCCUACCUCCGUGGGCUUUGCCUUUAAGGUUUUAUUUUUAGAGCUCGACUUUCGUGGUGGCCUGGUCUGCGUUUGUCAGCUGACAUUCCCAAAAGUUUCUGGUUACCUUUAACUUCGUGCUCGAUGAAUGUCAUUCAAAAGGGAACAUCAAGUGUUUUUGUGGUUCAUUUGCGCAAGUCUCGUAAAAGUAUUUGGAUUUGUGCUCUAAUAGGAGAUGUUAAAUUUUUCAAUAUCAAUAAGCCCACAUGCCCAUUUGUGACGUAUAAAAAUGGAAACUCGAGCCAGAAGACGAGAAAAUGGAUCAACUGAUUAGGGUAUUAUACUGAAGUUCCAGCAGGUAUACAGGCAAUGUAAGAGUUGAAAAGACAGGCUUAGUAGACUUCUGAUGUCUUCUGCGAAGCGUGAUUCAGUCCAACAGUUUUUCACCUAUGUACAUCUCAACAUAAAAAAAUAAUUGAUCGAAAUAUAAGCCAGUUGAUUCUCGAGUCUAGUGAUGGCUACGAUGUCAGAUUAUAUUAGCUGAAUCAAUUGAAAACAAACCGAGCUGUGAGGAAAUACGUAGUAUUCAAAGAACGUUGCCAAACGGGAUCAUAACAGGGGUAUAUCCGGUCAUGUGACGCUUUCAGACCAAUCGCUUACGAGAAAAAAAUAUUUGAUGGAUUAUAGUGCUUCUUAUGUUUUAUUCCAGGUAUAGGACUUCCUUAGUGUUCGUGGUGCGACCCUUCCCAGAAUGCUUACAGACCGAUAGCAUUCGCCUCGUUCCGAAGAUGGAGGACCUGCUAAACUUCACAAACCUGAUGGAGGAAGUUCUUCAGGGCAACAGAAUCCCGUAUACGGUCAUCGACGUGUUAGACCUAAAGAAAAGAGUUGAUAUUAUUCAAGAGAAAAUAAUGGAAUGCGGAAGCCUGAGAGUUGUUGCAAGGACGGAUGGAGACUCCUUAAAUCGAGAUGAUUAGGUAUCCUAUCCAGUGACAAGACACCAUCACGUGAUUUACUCGCGUGAUAUCGAUGGUGAAUACAAGACAGUGUGGAUUCAUUUGAAAAAUAAAGAAGCUGCGUCUGUGCUCUCUUACUUUAAUAAUUGCACACGAUGCAGCGAUCGCACGAAAAACGUUCUAGGGAAACACGAGAUACAGUCGCGUAUUUUUCACGCCUUCUUGAUUGUCCUCAUUUCUACGUUCACUUUCAGUCUUUUUUAUACGGAAUUUAUUACUUUCUUACAAGGAAACUUGCAAAUGUUUAUAUUACUGACAUUGCUGUGGGUAGCUUAAGCUCUGGCUAAGUUGUGCUUUUCUGAAUCAAAAUAUAUUCAUAGUAUCAUCUUUUAGAGAUCUAUUAAACCCUUUAACUCCCAUGAGUGAUCAAGACAGAAUUUCUCCUUACAAUAUCAAGACAAUAUCAAUAAGACAAGUGAGGAGAAUACAGAAAAAUAUCAAUUAGGGGAUUAUUGGUUGAUCCAAACCCAAAUUCUCCCAACUAACACUAUGAGAAUUGUAAGGGAGACAGAAAGGAGAAUUACUUAUGAGAACUUGGGAGUGAAAGGGAUAAUUACGCAUCACAGCAGAUAGUGUCUGUGUAGAGAGAAAAGGAAAAAAAACAAAAAGUACUUACAUGGAAUCUAUAACCACAAGCUUAAUAGAUCCACCGAAAUAAUUAUUUUUACAAGAUAUCAAAGCUUUUUGAUGGAAAGUCUCUGGGCGUUGUCUCGUGCUACAGAAUUUUGUAAGUCUAAUAACACCGGUACCGUCAUGUUUAUCUCUGAAGUUGCUAUGCGACCCAUGCGAAUGUCUUUUUCACCUGCUGAUUUUGUGUUACUCUUUAGAUCGCCUGUCACUGAAAAUCAGCGUUGUAAUCUUAGUGACAUGACAGACUCAGAAAUUUCCUUUUCAAGGUAUCACAGAAGUCAAACUGUUAUCCUUGUAAAAGUGUACAUUUUCUUAAAAGCUUAAUAAACACAGAUUUCGGAU